AUGACGCUCUCUGUGUACAGAGGCCUGAGGCUCCCGGCUCCACGUGGACCGACCUUGCCCGGCUGCAGGGGGCCACUUCGCCGCGAGCUCCUCCCGCAGCCCGGCCCAGGUCACUUCGACUCACCAGGCUUAACUCAAAAACCACGACACCACCGGAAAGGGAAGCAAAGGUCGAAGUUCAUCCGCGGCCCUGGAGCCUGUGGGAAACGUAGUCCAUGCGCAGACCCUUGUCUUCGGCGGAGGCUGCCGCUGCGCGUCUUCCAGGCGCGGGAGAGGCAGCUGGUGGUCCCCGACUGCAAGCAACAGAGGCCAUGCUUUAGACAGAAGGUCUCGGAGUCUUCCAUAGACACAGAUCAAGACACCCGGGGAUCUUGUCCACGUAUUCCUGAGCUCCAGAACUGCAGCAAUCAAACUCUACAAAAGCUGCACCGGGCCAGUUUUGAUCACAGUCUCCAGUGGGUCACAACAGCACUGCCACAGGAUCACUGGUCACAGCAUGACACAUUCACAGUCACCGUUCAGCUCCGUCACACUAACGGCCCCGCCCCCACUCGGUCGGGCGGGCCCAAUCGGGGACUGUCCAGGGCCUCCCCCGUGUGCAAACACCCCUGGCCCGUCACAGGCGCGCCCACUCACAAUCACACCACACACGAACGCAGCUACAGAAACGCACACACAAACACAAUCACACACUCCUCCUCCCCAGCAGGUGACCUGCACACAGCCCUGGGGCUUCUGCCUCCACAAGCCCCAUCCGCGUCCCAGGAACCCGGGUCCCCUGCCGUGAGCUCCUCUCGCAUCCAGACCGGGUCACCUCAACUCACCACACGGAAAACGACUGCCAGGUCAACGGAAAAGGGAGCCGGGUCCUCGGAGAAGUGUAGUCUCAACCGGAAUAGUGCCGCCGUGGGUGCAAACGGGGGAGAGCGCAGUGGCAGGCACCGCUCGGCGCUUAACUACCCGCCCCGAAGACUCCUGGGAACUCAGGCCCACGCGCGAGUGCGCAGGCGCAGACGACUAACCCUGGGCCGGGGGUGAGGCUUGGUGGGUGCCAGGGGUGCUGAGGAGGCCGAGGAGGGCACUAGGAGCUCCGAUCCGGAAGAGCUGUCUGAGGACGCGGAACCAGGUGGGGAGGCCAGGGAGGUAACCAAGAGUCCGAGCUGGACCCGGUAAUUCUGAGGAGGGAACCGGGACCGCGGUAUCCAGACGCUGCGAUCUGUACUAGCCGGGCCUCGGGCGUGGUCCGUGGGCGUGACCUUGAGGGUGACCCGGAGCGAGCUCCGCUAAGGGGGAUUUUGCGCAUUCUGACCCCGCGGAAGCGCCGUCGCUGGCGGCGGGUUCCCGCGCAGAGCGGGCGCUGCGUGUGCGCGCGCGCCGAAUGGGGGUGGCCUGCGGCGCCCAACCUGCUGCAUUUUAGGUGUUUGCCUCCUUGGGAUGUUGCGGCCGAUUGCGUGUGAAAAGUGGACGGAGUCGUGUUGCUGCGCAAGGUUUCCUCUGCAUGUGUCUAUUUUUAGAUUAGGUGUGAGUCGCAUUUGAGACUGUCUAUUCGUGUGGAGAAUUGAAAGUGAUUUGUGAAUGUGAUUGUGACUUUGCCUAGAAUCGUGUUAGCUGCUGUCUGAGGUUGUGAAUGGACAAGUGGGGCCUGUAGGUUGGUGGUUCUCUGAAUGAUGUUUGACUGUGACUCUGCAUGUGUUUGUAACCUACCUGAUGGUUUUGUGUCCUUGGCAACCUAAAUAUUUGAAUGAUUGAGGAACUCUAUUAUGACCAUGGCUAGUUGGUUAUGUAAGAUUUGAUUAUCUGAAUAGUAGCCAUCAAGCCUGCCUCCAAAAUUGUAACUAAGUAGCAAUUUACCAAAUAAAAUAGUGGUAACAGUAUGAGGGGAAGAGGUAAUUUUCAUAAUUCCCAGAUGCUAAGAUUCAUUACCUGGAAAAACCAUAUUAACUAAAACCAAUAUGUUGAAAAGAAUAGCGUUCCAUUAGGGACAUGCAGGAAAAAAAAUUAAGAAAAAAAACCCAAUUUUACCAUAACUACCA